AACCUUUUUCCACAACACUAGCUAAACUAUUAGCUAGCUAGCUACGGUCUUGUUUUUCUGGUCGGCUGUCAUGCCAAUUAUGAAUCUUGAACUUGUCCUUUAGUUUGAAAAAUAAAAACAAACAGGUCACAGAAUGGGAAAGAAAGUUAAGAAGGAGAGCGAAACUCCAUGCAAGGAAACGUUACAGUUUGAGCCACUACCUGUUGAGGGCAAAACUCCAGCAACAAUAGUGCUGCUGCUGAGCUGCCCAGAGGAGGACAUCCUAGUCAAAGCUUGUGAAGCAAUCCACACAUUUGCAGAGAAAGGAGAUGAGAACAAGGUUUCUCUGCUGGGACUCGGGGCAUUGGAGCCUCUCUGUCAGCUCAUCACUCACAACAACAAGCUGAUCAGACGCAAUGCUUUCAUGGCCUUGGGCAUAAUGGCCACCAACGGUGAUAUAAAGAGUGCUCUGAAAAAAAAUGACAUUCCAUCAAUCAUUGACAAACUGUCACUUGAAGAAGGUAUAGUUGUCCAUGAGUUUGCAACACUGUGCCUGGCCUCUCUGUCAGUGGGUUUUGUCUGUAAGGUCAAGAUCUCUGACAACAAGGGCCUGCCACCUCUAAUCCAGGUCUUAUCCAGUCCAGACCCCGAUGUCAAGAAGAACUCCCUAGAGAUCCUCUUUAACCUGGUUCAGGACCACCAAAGUCGUCUGGCAUUACAUGAGUUGGGAGGGAUCCCUCCACUUCUGGAACUGUUGAAGUCCGACUUCCCGGUCAUUCAGCAUUUGGCUUUAAAAACGCUGCAGAAUGUCACCACUGAUACAGAUACAUGCAACACCUUCAGGGAAGAGCAAGGAUUUGAGAAGCUCAUGGAUAUCCUCAGUAACAUGGACUUCCGUGACCUUCAUGCUGAGGCCUUACAGGUAGUGGCUAACUGUUUAAGUGACAGCAAGAGUUUACAGCUAAUCCACAAGGGUGGAGGACUCACGAGGCUGAUGGAGUCUGUUCUCACCCCCAAUUUACCUGAAAUCCAGUCCAACGCUGUUAAAUGCAUCGCCAGGGUUGCUCAGAGCUCUGAGAAUCGUAAACUGCUCCAUGGGCAGAAUGUGGAGAAGGUUCUGGUAGAGCUUCUGUCUGUGGCGGACAUCAGCGUGAAAACAGCUACCUGCCAGGCUGUGUCCGUCAUGAGCUUCCACCUAACCAAUGGUAUCCCAGCAGUUGUACAGUUGCUGAACAAUGAGAGUUUGGAGCUAAAAGAGGCAGCAACCCAGGCCCUCUCCAUCCUCACACAUAGCAACCAGCUAAAUGCAUUCGCAGUGUACGAGGCAGGAGGCGAUGAGAUUCUUGUCCAGCAGCUGUAUGGAAGCUGUCACAGGACUGUGGCAAAUUCUGCUGCCACACUUGCCAACAUGGCAGGACAGGAGGUCAUCCGCUGCAGUAUCUUGUCACAUGGAGCUAUACAGGCUCUGGUGGAGCCCUUGCAGUCCACAGAUACACAGGUUCUGAUCAACACCACGCUGUGCCUGACAUUGCUGGCCUGUGAUACAGAAGCUAGGGCAGAGCUACAAAGUGCUGCAGGCCUUCACCCACUGGUCAGUUUGCUGCGUUCCUAUCACAAGGAGGUGUUGCACCAGGCAUGCUUGGCUAUCAAUGUCUGCGCCAGUGAUGUGAAUGCCGCUGUGGAGAUGUGCCAAUUUGGAGCCCUGGAAAUGCUUCAGGAAAUCAACCUAUCAGUGAAUCGAAGGAGCCGUUUCAGCGAGUUGGCCAUGAUCAGCCUGCUUAACUUUAACUUGUCUGUCAAAUAUAGCCUGACAAGUCACUUGGCCUCCACUGACAUUAUUAGUGAUGGCAUCUAUGAUGUUGGAAAGGUGUGUGUGUGUAUGUGCUAUUGAAAAUUAGAGGAACUGUCCAAGCAGCCUGUCAGCGAGCACCGGCAAAUCAUUGUUGUCAACACAUCCACAGAAAAAAACAAAAAGGAUGACAAACAGAAAAAUGAGACCCAGCCUGAGUCUCCUACAGAGAAACCGUGGAAGAUGAUGGAUGACGUCUCAUUGCAGCUUCUAGUUAACGAGGCCAAAAAAUCCAUCCUCCCACUGAGUGAUGAACGAGAGCAGUGUGCUGCCUUGGCCAGGCUGGUGAGUGAAGCCAUGGGCGGAGCAGUAGAAAUGGAAAAGUUGCAUGAAUUCCCAUGGGUGCUGCACCUCAGUGAGCUCAAGUUUCAGCUUCAGUCUAAUGUUGUUCCCAUUGGUUUGAUCAGCAGGGGAAUCUAUUGCCACAGGGCACUUCUCUUCAAGUGUCUGGCUGAUUGCAUCGGAAUGAGCUGCACACUCGAUAGGGGUGAGUACAGCCGGGCUUGGAACAAGGUACUCCUCUUCAAUGGGAAUCCCUCCAUGAAUGAGCGCUCUUCACAGCCCUGCCGCUACAUAGUAGACCUCAUGCACCAGCCUGGAAGCCUGCUGACAGCCAAUACCCCUGCUGCUGUGCAAUACCAGACUAUCUAGACCAACACUGUAGUGUAGAAAUACUGCAGUACAUAAUGCUGUGACUGGACAUUUUACUUAGAUGCAUUAUAGAUAUUGAUUUAUAUUGUGUAUUUGCUGUAUGGCAGACCUUUAAUCCAUACAAUAAAGUAUUAUUCAAAUA